AUGGGUAAUACAGAGAGCAAUGUGACCAGUGGUGUGAAGAAACAGGCGGGAACAUCAUUGCAGAAUUUGUACAAACUGGUGGAUAUUAAAGGUGGUGGUUUGUUAGUGGACAUGAUGAAGCGUGCGCUGCAGAACAAGCAGUACGCUGAGAUAGACCACGCGAUAAAGACCAAGGUGGAACCGUUUCUGUACAACAAGGGCAAAGGACGCUACAUUCCCGUGUCGCAUGUUGUACUGCUUAGAAAUAAGGAACGGGCGAGACAUAAUUUGCUACCACCGUUACGUGGUAUGGAGAAUCCUGAUGAAGAAUUUGAUAUAGAAAAAGAUUGGCCAGUAGUCACACAAGAAGAGUAUGACGCUAACCCUGAAGGUUAUAGAGAACUGUGUUGGGACUUGAAAGAAAGAGGCGCUGUUGGCGAAACAAUUCUUCAUUUGUGCAUCCUAAAUGCAUCGUCGUUACUUGCUAAUCUGGCAAAAAGAUUAUUGCGUUUUUAUCCAAAGCUCAUCAACGACAUCUAUAUGGGGGACGAAUACUACGGCGAGAGCGUUCUCCACAUAACAAUAGUAAACGAAGACCCUACCAUGGUAAAGUUCCUACUAGAUGCUGGUGCUAACUACCACGAGCGUUGUUACGGAAAUUUCAUGUGUCCCGAGGAUCAGAAGGCUUCGAGAACUGAUUCAAUUGAUCACGAGUAUGUCAAAGUGCAGCCCGAGACUAAUUAUAACGGCUACGUUUACUGGGGCGAGUAUCCCUUAAGCUUCGCGGCUUGCCUGGGGCUGGAAGAGUGCUAUCGAUUGAUACUAGCGCGAGGGGCGGACCCGGACAAGCAGGACACAAACGGCAACACCGUGUUACAUAUGCUUGUCAUUUAUGAGAAAAUUGAAACGUUCGACAUGGCAUAUGAACUAGGCGCAUCUCUGAAACAUCGUAACGUACAAAAUUUGACUCCAUUGACCUUGGCAGCUAAACUGGCGCGUACGGAGAUGUUUUUUCAUAUCCUGAACAUUGAGCGGGAAAUCUAUUGGCAGAUUGGAGCAACUACUUGUGCUGCCUACCCAUUAGGACAAGUUGAUACUAUAGACACAGAAACGGGACUGAUUAGUAAAGAUUCUGCUCUCAAUUUGGUAGUUUUUGGAGAAAAAGAAGAACAUUUACUUCUUUUGGAAGGUAUGCUGAUUGACCUUCUGAAAACCAAAUGGAAUACGUUUGUAAAAUUCCGAUUCUAUCGGCAAUUUAUUCUAUUUUCGUGCUACUUUCUGAUAUCGCUGGUAUGCUUUACUCUAAGACCUGGAGGGCCCCCUGACAGAGCUCUAAAUAGCACAGCUUUAAACUCUACAGCAGGACCUGCGAAUGAUACAUCCCUGAGCAUAGAGUUAGAUAAUUGCACAAUGCCACUGAACGGUUCAGACUUUGAUCCCGGGGCUGUGGAGAUGAUCAACGGAAGCAAGUCCGACGGACCACAAUGCGCCCGCUUUAAAAGUCAUCGACAAGACAAAGAUAAAUCAAAACCGCCGCCACAGACAGAUGUGGCCGGCUGGUGGGAGGGCCUGACCGAAGAGUGCAGGCUAAUGAACUUCGACACAUGGCAGGCCAAGAUAAGAAUAUCAGCGGAACUUCUACUGUGGAUGGGGGCACUUGCAUACUUCGGUGCUGCUCUGAGAGAAGCUAGGUUUCUGGGUCUGAAGAUGUUUAUAGAGAACCUUAGCACUGUGCCAUCUAGAGUAAUGUUUUUAUUGUCAUGUCUGCUGAUGUUGGUGUUACCAGUGCUACGCCUGUGGUGCGCAGAAAAAGAGGAAGACCACUUGGCUGUCAUCAUCAUGCUAACUACAGCACCAUACUUUCUAUUCUUUUGCCGAGGAUUCAAAACUGUAGGACCUUUCGUGGUGAUGAUCUACAGAAUGGUGAUGGGAGACUUGCUUCGGUUUGUCUGCAUCUAUCUUGUAUUUGUCAUGGGAUUCUCACAAGCAUACUACGUGAUAUUUCUGUCUUUCGACAACCCGGAUACUCCAGAGGGCGUGGACGAUUCGAUGUCGAACCCCAUGCCUUCGCCAAUGGAGAGCAUCAUGGCGAUGUUUCUCAUGUCACUGACUUCUUUCUCUGACUAUUACACCGCUUUCGACCGUACCGACCACGAGAUAGAGGCAAAGCUCCUAUUCGUAGUCUACAUGAUAAUAGUGGCGAUUUUGCUGGUGAACAUGUUGAUAGCCAUGAUGGGUAACACGUAUCAGAAGAUCGCAGAGACUCGAAACGAAUGGCAGAGACAAUGGGCGCGUAUCGUAUUGGUCGUGGAACGAGGAGUUCCACCAGCACAAAGGCUGAAGCAGCUAAUGACUUACAGCCAACCGAUGGCUAAUGGGAAAAGAGCGCUUGUUUUGAGGAUUAAUCAAAAGGACGAAGAUAAAGAAGAGAUGAAAGAAAUCCUGGAAAUGAAACGGACUCAUGAACGUAUAGUAGAAAAACGAAGGCAACGUGAAGCACGUCUUGCAGCCGCUAAAAUAAGUGGUGUGCCACUGCCACCGGCCAGAGACUAUCCUACCAAAAAAUAA